AUGGAUUGGAUUGUACAUUUAACCGAAUCUCGUCAAACGUCAGACCAAAGCCUGGCAGAGCGCCUCAAGCGUAUUGAGGACGCUCUCUCUCAUACACUUUCUAAUCAUAAGAACUCAGAAACCAAUGCAGCCAAACCAUUGACUCCAAGCUCACAAGCCACUGACCCCCACAAGAGUUCAGACCCUGGUACUGGAGACUCGGCCAACGAUACCCCUCAAAAAUCGUCUCUCAGUCGGCCAUCUUCUUCCUUUUUGAGAGCCACAGAUUCGAGAUCUGCAAGCGUAUCCCAGGCCCCAUCUCCUGCUGGUGGCUUCACCAGCUCUGUUUCCUAUGGGCAACUCCAUUAUGGUGGCUGUCACUUUGGCCACAUCAGUCAGCAUAAUGGACUACCUUUACUUUCAGAAGAGGGAAGACAGUGGAUAAUUUCAAAGACUGGCCAUGAAGUUGUUCUCAAUCCUGGUGCCACAGAUCACACCAACCCUUCUCAAUCGCCUGCACCUCACGUUUACCAUGACCAACGCGCCUUAUACCAACUUCCGGACAGAAGUAUCACUGAGAAGGCUUUCGACGCUUUUAUCCAUUCCUCUUUCAGCUUGGUGUUUCCCGUCGUGGAACGGGUUCUGUUCAAGGACACCAUUGAACUAGCGUAUCGACCUUAUACGGGCGAUGUUCCUUCUUUGGAGCAGCUUAGUGCCAAGGUUGGCGUUUUAGCUUUCCUCUCAAUGAUAGUACUCUUCCAAGAUACAUUUGCAGAUGCAUUAAGUAUCGACACAGACUUGUGUGCCACAAAGGCACGUUAUCUACUCACAGAUGUCCUUGAAAUAGCCAGUAUCAACAACCUACAAAUAGUCUUCAUGCUGAACAUGCAUGAGAUAUUCUCUGGACGCCUUCGAUCCGGUGCCAUGUUCCAUGCCAUUGCGUGUCGCAUGGUAUUCACGCUUGGAGGUCAUACGUACCUAUCAUGUAAGUCACGAAGCUCGCAAAUUACACGAUCAGAGAGGGAACGACGCCAACUUCGCAUGCUAUUCUGGCUAUGCUAUAUCUUCGAUAAAGACAUUGCUCUACGGACAGGGCAACCGCCGCUCAUGUCCGACGAAUAUUGCGAUCUCACCCUUCCAGAGACCUAUUUCGACUGCUAUGAAUACCUUCCCAAACUCAAUGAAAGCCUCCCCCAAGUGUCCUUCGAAGAAGAGAGUCUCAUGCCUCACCUUCCGGGCGACCCUCGCCUGAGCCAACUCAAAGACAAAACUAGUCGUCUGCUAUAUUCGGCUCAGGCUGCUAAGAAGUCUCACGCACAGCUGCUUUGUGACAUUCGAGAGCUUGAUGAAGAGCUCGAAGAAUGGAGGCAGUCCGUACCUCCUUCAUUCCGUCCCGCGCUCUCAAUCACCAAUGAGUCUCAAGUCGCUCUUGAAGGGAUGCAUCUUCCACGCAGUAUGAGACACAUCACUCUGCAUUUGGACUAUCAUCAUCUCAUGAUUGCAAUACACCGAGCAAGUGGCAGGUGUAUGGGGCCUGAUCCUGGAAACCCUAACGACCAACCCGAAUGGGUCCCUGGAGUCGAAUCGAGCAAUGCUCUUGCGCUGGAAGCUAGUCGGUCGACACUCGUGUAUCUGCGGGCAGCGAUGUGUGGGGUUGCUGGUGAAGCAUUCUGGGUUAUUGUCUUCUAUCCCACAGCAGCCAUGAUCACUCUCUUCUUCAACAUCCUGCAGUAUCCACUCCAUGAACGGGCUGAGCAAGACCUUGAGCUUCUCAAAGCAGCCGCUGAUCUAAUCAACAAUCUCCCCGUGCGGCGACUGACCACUUCCGAAGUCUCACAUAUGAAACUUAUCAAUGACUUUGUUGUUGAGCUAGUCCGCCUUGGAAGGAGUGCAAUCUGCAAAGCAAGCAUGGAAAGGGAUCACGAGCUUGACAGACAGUUAAUGAUUAUACACUAA